AUGCUUGUCACUCAGACCAAUACUCCCUUAUUAUCCUUUUAUCCAGAAUGGAAACAAUGGAAAUCCGUCCUUUGCAAAGACCUGAUUGGCAAACGAUUGCAGGACUUGCGCACGCCCCAACUGGUCAUUGAUCGCACCAUUCUUCAACGCAACUGCGAACGCUUAAACUUCCUCACCGACAAGUACGGUAUCAAAGUACGCGUCCACAUAAAGUCUCAUAAGACCAUUGAGGCUACGGAACUCCAGUUGCAAGGUGCCCGUACCGACGCCAUUGUCGUGUCAACACUUGCGGAAGCGUAUGCUGUCAUGGCGUCAUCGCUUAUUCUGUUAGGGUUCCCUAUCAGUGCGGACAAGUUUUCAGAGGUCUUUUUUUUAUCCGAAAAAGUGCCGGCUUUCCAGAUAUUUAUUGCCCUGGACAAGUACCAUCAUUCUGUGUAUGGAGCCAAUGAUACAGCUCACCGUAUUCGUGUCUUUUUAAAAGUGGACUGUGGUUAUCAUCGUGCAGGUACAGCACUGGAAGACCCUAAAACAGUGGAGCUGGCCAAACGUUUAGGUUCGUCAUCGUAUAUUGUGCUAAGCGGCCUAUACACGCACGCGGGUCAUUCGUAUAAUUCACGGAGCGCGGAAGAGGCACUUGAGUACCUCCAAAAAGAGUGUGACAUGGCACGUGCAUUCCGUGAUCUGUUCCGUAAACAUGGCGUGAACAUCGACUACCUUUCGAUUGGUGCUACUCCGACCGUGCAGGCGAUUUUCAUGCAGCAUCAACACAACAACAAGGACAAUGUGAAACAUAUUUUGGACGGAAUCAGCGAGGUGCAUGCCGGUGCUUACACGUUAUUGGACCGACAACAAGUGGCGACGGAACUUUGUUCGUUCGACGAUGUGGCGGUCUCUGUGGCCUGUCGAGUGGUCAGUGUGUAUCCCGACAGGGGAAGUGUUUUGAUCGAUGGAGGCGCUUUGGCCUUCUCCAAGGAUACUGCUCCUCAAGGAGGAUUUGGGGCGAUCCUUGAUAAAACAAGUGGAAAGCAAUGGACGUUGACCAAGAUUUCCCAAGAACAUGGCGUUAUUACCGAUUUGGAUACUGCGGCAUUGCAGCAUCCGUUGUUUACCUGUGGCCAGUUGAUCCGCGUUAUUCCUAACCAUUGUUGUCUUGCCACCGCAUGUCAUCGGUUCUACCUUGUGACCGAGAAUGGCGGUGACACCGUCGUUGAUGUAUGGGUGCCAAUCUCAGGCUGGUAG